UGUUUGUUGGCAACGUUGUUCAAAAUAUAGAUGGCUGUAAACCAAGAUAUAGAGAUGUUUGGUUUUUGGAAUACAUUAGUGGUAAGGACUGUAGGCUGUUAGGUAAUUUAAAUGUGUAAACUAAAUUAAGUUUUUGGACAAACAAAAUUUUAAAUUUACCUAUACCUGGUACGACAUGGAUGCAAAUGGAAACGGUAAGCGCGGAGGGCUUACGAAGCUUCGCGAUAUAUUCAGUCGGCAAAGACAAGAUUCUGACAGUGGUCCAGAGUGUCCGGACCUGGAUUUCUUGUACCAUGAUGCUGAUUCACUUGUAAACGAACUGUCGGAAUUGUACAGUUAUACUGAACAGCCUGAAUUUCAAUCAAAUGUGAAGGCUUUCGAAGAUCUUAUGCGUGAAUUUAAACAUGUUCCAUACUGGCAAAAGUUGUCCGAUAGUCAACACAAGUCUGUUAUCUUAAAAUUACUGGAUCAACUUGAAGUUUCAAAUAAAUCAUUACGAAUGAAAUCGGCUCGAUGCAUACUUUAUUUAGCACAAGGCUGUUGGGCAGAACUGCAAUCUGAUGCCGAACAACAAGUUUGGACUCGUAGAAAUGUUAAACUUCUUUACGAGUGCGGUGUUUUCAGUGCCUUGGUGGAAGUGUUAAAUAUAGAAAUUGAGAACAGCACUACAGCGACGACUGCCCUUAGAAAACUAGCUGUGAGUUUGGCCGAUUCUACUGAUCUGAGAGUAGUGUUGAGCAUCAUGUAUAUAAUGAUUGAAGUGUUGAGAGUGGCGAAUGAUGAUGAUGAUGAUGAUGAUGAUGAUGAUGAUGAUGAUGAAGAUGAAGAAGAUGACCGUGUUUUAAGAAGGUAUAGUGAAUCAUUUAGGUGUGAACUGGCAUCGCCAAUUGGAGAUGAACUGUUAACUGUAAAAUUGUUAGGAAUGGUUACCAGGUUUUGCAGUGGUUCUGCCCCUCAUUUUCCCAUGAAAAAAGUUCUCCUUGUCCUGUGGAAAACUAUUCUAUUGACUUUAGGUGGCAUGGACUCUUUGCGUGACCUCAAGCAGUCGUACAGGCUGGCAGCAGGGCUGACCGUAACACAAGACACGAUGGAAGUGGCACGGACAAUGAGGGCUUCCUCUCCACCUGCGAGUGCAGCUGAUCUCCUGGAGGCUCAAAACCAGAAGAGAAACAACCGUCCCUUUAGACGAAGUCUCAUGAAACAGAGUUCGCUGGACGAACCAAUGGGAAUUGAUCACGAAGGAAGUGACCAGGCAGAUGAAGAAGUACAUGCGUUUGAGGAGAGACAGGCAAUGGAGGAUGCAGGUGAGAUUCCUCAGCCUCCAAGUCCUCGACCAAGCACCCCCAUGCCAAUGAAGAACAAAGGGCUACCGUGGACACCUAAAGCCCGCCAGAAAGAUCUAGAUCAGUUUUUAGAAAAUACAAGAGAAAAGUUUGUAGGGUUUCGUCUGCAAGGUGAUCGGGUUUCGUUGGCUGGCCUACCGGAGCCGAUACACGAAGGUGUUAAAGUACUGAAGGACAACAUGUACACUUCACUUGCCGAGAUCCAAAUCGCCAAGGAAGAGGAAAUUGCAAGGAAUCCAAUUUCCACACAGGAGCCCAACGUGCCUUCAACGCCUACGGAAGUUCUUUACCAAGGCAUGCUUCCCAAUUUGCCUCAGUAUAUGAUAGCACUGUUGAAAAUAUUGCUCGCAGCGGCACCCACAUCGAAAGCCAAGACGGACUCCAUCAACAUCAUGGCAGAUGUUCUCCCAGAAGAAAUGCCCAUUACAGUGCUGCAGUCCAUGAAGCUGGGCAUUGAUGUGAACAGACACAAGGAGAUCAUAGUAAAAGCAGUUUCUGCCAUUCUCUUACUGUUGCUGAAACACUUCAAACUAAACCACAUCUACCAGUUUGAGUUUAUGUCUCAGCACCUGGUGUUUGCGAACUGCAUCCCGCUGGUGUUAAAGUUCUUCAACCAGAACAUAAUGGCGUACGUGGGUGCGACGAACACCAUCCCGAUCCUGGACUUCCCGUCGUGCGUGAUCGGAGACCAGCCGGAUCUGACUGCCGAGAGUCUGGAGAUCGGCGACAGCGAGCAGUAUGCGUGGCGUAACAUCUUCUCGUGCAUCAACCUGCUGCGCAUCCUCAACAAGCUGACCAAGUGGAAGCAUUCGCGCAUCAUGAUGCUGGUGGUGUUCAAGUCAGCACCCAUCCUGAAACGCACACUCAAGGUGCGCCAUGCCAUGAUGCAGCUGUAUGUGCUGAAGCUGUUGAAGAUGCAGACCAAGUACCUGGGGCGACAGUGGCGCAAGUCCAACAUGAAGACCAUGAGCGCCAUCUACCAAAAGGUGCGGCACAGACUCAACGAUGAUUGGGCGUACGGCAAUGACCUGGAUGCGCGUCCCUGGGACUUCCAGGCAGAGGAGUGCGCGCUCAGGGCGUGCGUCGACAGGUUCAACAACCGUCGCUAUGGCAACAGCUCCAAGGACCCUGACUUCGAGCCGCUCGAUACAUGCAUCAUCAGCGUCCUGGGACAGCCUUUCGAACUCACUGACUAUUUCAAGCAGCACUACGAAGUGUGGCUGCAGCGCGAAGUGUUUGAGACUUCGUUUGGUGACUUCUUCUGACUAGGUAUCACACCUGUUGUACUGUUUUACAAUUAACAGAAUUUAUAAUUUCAAAAUCUUUUUACAAAUUAAUUGUUGAGAAAAAAAAGAGUGGCUGCUUGAUGUAGCAUUAGCCACAUGGAAGGCUUCAUGGACUAAGUUGAUUCUUGCCUGCUUGUUCAAGAAUCUGUCAAGGUCAGCAUUCUCCGGGCUUGAUAGUGCCCAAGAACGGGAGCUGAGAUUGCGGCCAAAUGGUCUUCCUAGGCCUCUGUAUCCUAAGGCUACUAAGAUGUCAUCCUGUAGCUCGGCACCACAAGCUACAGAUAUUCUACUUCCAAAUUCUCCACGCCACCUCAGAACCCCUUUCUGUUCUGUGACACUCACAGCGGGUCACUUCUACAAUGUUUUAGGAUGCCAGCAAGUCGAACAAAUACGUGAGAUCUAAAUUUGUAUAAUAUACUGUCUAAAGACAAACCCUGCAGUUUCCAAAAGGACUUAAAUUGCACCACAUGUUAAUAAAUAUAAUUCUGGCAUUGUCAAUAACAAUAAUUACUUAUGUAACAAAUUGGCUAUAUGUUUUUUUAACAUAUUGUAUUAAGUUUUAUUUUUAACUAUGGCUUAAUGCAUUUGUUUAAUCAUUUUCGGGCCGCCCUAUUAUAAAGUUAACUUAUUAUUAUUAUUAUUAUUAUUAUUUGGUUAACCUUACUAUAAAGUUAACUUAUUGUUAUUAUUCAAUUAACCCUAUUAUAAAGUUAACUUAUUAUUAUUAUCAUUCAGUUAACCUAUAAUUCAAUUAUUCAAUUAUCAAAAUGAUGUUUGUUUCCUUUGGUAACAAUUCACAAUGGUGUAUCAUGUUCUCUUUUAACUUAGUUAAAAUAGUCAAAGUUUUAAAUCUCAAAUGAAGAGAUCUAUGAAGCAAAAUAAAUCAAAGCACGCCUAUAGAUGAAACUGCAUUUUUAUUUAUUAAUUUAUAGUCACAGAUCCACAGUGUUUUCAGGGAGGCAUUAUCUUUGCUUUGUUUGGAUUUUAGUGUCGCUUCUGAGGUUCAAUGUUUUAUUAGCCUGUUUUGUUCCAAAUCCCAGUUACUUCCAAGGUAAAUCAUCAUUUUCUUUACUUUAUAUAAUAGACUCUAAAGACUAUAACAGUUUAAUGGGUCCUCCACUACUUGUAGAUUCCAUUAUGCACUUUUUGCUACAACACUAAUAAUUUAUUAUGCUUGAUAAACUUAAAUUCACACCUAAAAAGAUAGCAAACUUAAAAGAAAUGUGUAAAGGCUGGUGUUAAAUAUGGUUUUCUGCGUAUUUGUCACAUGUUAUAACUUGAAUAUGAAAAAUGGCAUGCAGAUAGAAUAGCCUCUCAGUCUAUACGAAUGCAAGCAGAUUGAGAUUAUUGGUCGAAAAAUACAUUUGUUACAGUGUGUGGCAUGUGGCACAGGUUUUGAUGGUCGUGCGCGUUUCUCAUUCAUCAUAUGUUCUGCCUCGAAUAGGGGAAAUGGUGUGCUGAUAAAACAACCUCUCUGUCUAUAAAAACGCAAGCAGAUGAUUGGUUGAAAAAUACAUUGGUUUCGACAGUCUUGUGCAAGUUCAAAAUAUUUUGUUAUCAUUUGGAAAUAUGUUAAUUAUUAAAAAUAGAGUUUAAAAGUGUAAAGAUAAACAUUAUUUUAUUUUUUUCCACAAACGGUGAACAUUAUAUGCGGGAAGCAUCUAUUAACAUAAACGUUAUGAAUGGGAAAAAUUAACAUAGGGAUAUAUGGAAGUGUUCAAGGGAAUAAUUUUGUGAACUUAAUAAGCGGGAAAACGUAUUAUGCGGGAACAUCUUAAGUAAGUUUUACUAUAUUGCCAAUAAUUUAUUUCUUGUAUGAAGAUGUUACUUAAUGUUUUUGUUAUUGUCUCUUUUGUUAUCCUUUCUGAUGAGUUUGUGUAUUUUUAUGCAUAUUAUUGUAUAUUUAAUAGGUUUAUUUUAUAUAUCAUCAACCCUACAAUGCAUUUUUUUUUAAGUUUAGUAAAAUAAUUUUUAUUAUAAUGGUUAUUAGUAUUCUUAAAUUUGAAAAAAAUAUAUAUUUUUGCAUAUUUAGGUUACAUUUAUAUAAAUAAUGGCUUUGAUGCAUAUAUGAAUCAUUAUGGACAAAGUAGUGAAUAUGACAAUGUAAUGCUUACAAUUUCAAUAUGCUUGCCAAAUGUUAAUUUACCAAUCAAAUGUUAACUAUUUGCAUAAACAUAAUUAACAUUUACUCAGUAUUAAAAAUUAUAUAUAGGAAUGUUUCAAAAGUACAAUAUAACCAAAGGUAAACCAUUAAACAACAUAAAAUUAAACAAUAUAAUAUUAUUUUCUCUUGUCAUUGCUUACCUAAGCCUUUAUUCAUUUAUGUUAUAUUAAACAAUUUGCUGCAGUUCUAGUCUUUAUGUAGUGUUAAUGCCCUUGUUUCGUUAAAGAAAGCUUUAUAUUAAUUUUGUUAUAAAAGCCCUGGAAGCAGCUUUAAGUGAGCAAAAGACACAUCAGUAUACUCAGAAGUACACAAGGGAGAAACAAAAGAAAAUGACUCCUCAGAAUGGGAAGUAAAAAAUGGAUUGUAUUUGAAGUAAUAAAUAAAAAAAGAAGUAGUUUACUUAAAGCUUAUACUUUUUAUUGUUAAUUAUAGUUAUAGUUAUUUUCUUUUGAUAGUUUAAGAAAUUACAAAAUUACACAGAUCCGAAUUACUGGGGCCCCGGCCGUCAAUCUUAUCAAUUAUAAACAGAUUAAUAAUUUUACCUGGAAUGUAACUCUAAUAUUUAACCUUUGACCUAAUCAAGCUUUCACAAAAACUAACAUAAUUCCUUUAACAAGCAUCAUUAGCCCAACUAGUGCGGGACUAUGCAAAUUCUGAUUUAAGAAUAUCUGAUCGUUGACUGUUACCUGGCUGUGACUAGUAGCGGGAGAGACAAAUAGAAUUCAUGUCCACGUAAGAAGCCAGCAUGUACAUUUAGUUGAAUUUUGUGAUGGGCCUAAGUCGGAGAAAAACUUGAACUCUUGCACUAUCUCUUGUACCCCACAGACCAAAAAAAAAAAAGGGGCAUCUGAGGUCACUCGUGCUCCAAAAGGCAGCGUGCUUUGUCGGGGCACGGGAGAAACAGACUCGGGAGUAGUUCACAAAAGUUCUGCAAGAGGGACUUGCGUAAGCCUGGCCCUUAUGGGACCAACUGUAUUGCCCUCUGUCGGGCUAAAAGUGAACUAGAGAGGGGUUUAGUAGCAGCUGCUAAAGUACACGGAACUAAAGUUAUGUGGUUGUCAUUUUCACCGCGAGAUGGCGAAGGCAGACCUUUCACUGGCCAGCGAUAAGACCUUAAUUUAGGCUCACUGGGAGCGGAGGUUGAAGACCCGGUCAGUGCCGUGGCUGAAGUUCGUAAAAAAGAAGGAGGGAGGGAUCUGCUGGCUCGUGAGAAAAGUGUUAGGGCGAGCGCCUAUACGUGCCUGACAGCCCUGGAACAUCAGAAUGGGGCAUGAGUGGAGCUGCUAACCUAAGCUGAUCUCUGGGAAGAGGGCUGCCCUGGGAGGACGAUGAGAAAAGCACUACCGGUCACGAAGUAGGCCUGAGGUGGGAAGAAAAAUGAUGGUUAAUACUUGCUUGGCGAAAUCAUACAGGGCUAUAGGUUGCAGCACUGGGAAAGUGUAGUGGGACUCUAGCAGGAAAAAUUUGAUCAGGAUGAACAAUGGGCUAACAAAGUUUAUAUUAGGGAAUUGAGGUAAAAAAAAAUAAAUUUAUGCCAAUUAUUUCAAAUUACCGGCACUGUAGACACAAUGCUACACCGCAGUUUUUUCACAUGACGUAUGUCUGAGCUUGCAGCUUCUUCUUGUUGAGUUCCAAAUAGGAAAGUGGUCUGUCACACAUCUGUUGGACGAAUGACAGCGGUCUGUCUUCUCAUUCUCCUUUCAGCAUGCUCUACAGUUACAGCUGAUGGUCUUCCUCGUUUAGGCGUGCCAAAUGUGAAGAGUUCUUGCAAACUCUAGACAAAAUUCCGAUAAUUUCACAGUCUGUGUUACGAUUCACCGAUGAAGCAGUCAUGCAUUGAUAACAGCUAUAUCAACAAGAUGUAGAAGAGUCUCAUAUACCAUUUCUUUGUUCUCUUUAAAAUCCUGUAUCGUCCAAUGAGACUCAAGUAGGUCCACUCCACCCACGUGUUGGUUAUAGUCUCGGAUUACUGCUGGGCAGUUUUCAACAUGUUUCUUCCCCUUUUUAUUAAUACCUCUUUACUUCAUGUACUGAUUCUUUUCUGACGUGCAAUGAAAGUAACAUGACACAUGUGUUAUCCUUCCACAGUGUGUUAGGAACAUCUACACCUUCCACGUGGAAUACAUAUUAACAUGCAGCUACUCUUUCUUCUUUCUUCAUGACCUCAUUGGUUGGGAGUUUGAAGUUUGAUAUCCUAUUCCUCCUAACUGUACCAAUUGAUUGUAUGCCAAUGUUUUGCGAGGAAUGUAACCAAAGGCAUGUACAUGUAGAAGUUAUCAAAAUACACUUUGUAGUUGCAGUCUUGAGGGAUUUCCCUACAGAAUCUUACAACAAUUUUGCUGCUUGCUCCAAGAUCAUUUUCAGUACUCAACAUGUUUCACUAAGAUUCUCUAUUUCUGUGUAGAUAUAGAAUUUAUAGGUAAAUUCAGAUACUCCACAUAAAACAAAGAGUUUAAAGCCCCAUUUGUUUGGUUUCAAUGGCAUAUACUGUGUGAGAUGUUGCCUAGCUUUCGUUGAACAAAUCUGUUCAUCCAAAUUCAGAUACUCCACAUAAAACAAAGAGUUUAAAGCCCCAUUUGUUUGGUUUCAAUGGCAUAUACUGUAUGAGAUGUUGCCUAGCUUUCAUUGAACAAAUCUGUUAAUCCACAGACAGUCUCUCUUCAAAAGGAAUUGAAUGUUUUCUCUAGAGCCAAAAUUACAGGUCAUAACUUAUGUAACUUAUUGUAUUCAGGUGCAGCUUCAGCAGUAACUUGUAUAGUAUUAUCAUUGAAGUGUAGGAAAGAACAACGUAUUUAAAACUUGUUGACCGGCAUAUAGUUCAUAACUAUCUCGUUCAAUAACGGAUCUCCAAUACAACUUUGUUUUUGAAAUAUUCGAGACAGAGGUGAGAAUGUAAAUCCUUAAAAACCUAUGGAGAUCUGAAUCAUUGAAAUGAAGAGGUGAAAAGGCUUGUUGGGAUUUUGCUGUACACUGCACUUAAUUGUCUCUGAACAAUAUGAGAAAAAAGAUCAUCAUUGAAAAAUUAUUUGAAUAGGUAACUUAAAUGGUGUCUGCAGAUUUAAUUCUACCUGUUCUGAAAUAUUUAUCUGUUAUAUUCCCACCUGAAAAAUUUAUCGAUACUUCAGCAUAUCGAUAUUCACUCGUAUUCGAUUAUCACAGUUUUUAUUGAUAACAUUACAAUCCGUGGUUUAAAUUUUGAGGUGUUGUUUGUUUCUGUAUUUCAAUGACAAUAAGUGAAAUUUUUAAUUUUAGAAAAUUGUGUGGACUUAAUAUAGAUGAAAAACAAGCGGUGAUUUUUUUUUUCAGUGCUAUGGAAUAAUUUCUUCAGAAAAUUUCUGCAUUAAUAACCACAAAUGUACUUGUCAUAUGAAAAAGUAAUAAAAUGGAAAUUUACUAUAAAAUGUUGUGAACGUGGUGUUCAGAAAAGAAACUGGCAGGAGGGAUCUGAAUUAUCAUUGGAGACAAUUGUGUUGUUUAUAUACUGUUGGUCAAAAGAACUGAUGAAUGCAUCAUUUUAUAGUAUAAAGUUGAACAAGUGCAUUGAGGCGUUUGUUGACUACAAUAAUUAUAUGUGUGAGGUUUGUGUGUGGCGAAUAAACUCAAAUCAGAGGUAAUGGCAUCUACGUCGAAAUUGAUGAAACUUUGUUUUCCAAAAGAAAAAAAAUAAUGCUGGUAUAGUGUUACCUGAACAGUGGGUCUUUGGCAGAAUUUGCCGAGAGACUAAGGAAUGUUUUUUAAAUUCUGUUUCAAAAAGAUCUCAAAAUACUCUUCUGCCACUAAUUUGUAAAAAAAAAUUAGACUUGUCUCUAAAUUGUAAGUGAUAUUGUGAGUGCAUACAGAAACAUUUGGCAUGAUGGUUAUAUACCAUAUACUAUGAACAGGGUGUCUACUGACCCUGGAAAACCUGGAAAACCUGGAAAAAUCAGGGAAUAUUGUAAUCAGGGAAAAAUCAGGGAUUUUUUUUAAAAAUCAGGGAAUUUUUGUUUGGUAGGUUGUAGUUGGCAAUACGUUUUUUGUUUAUUGAUCUGCUUGCAUUGACGUAGCAUCAAGUGUAUUGCGUCCCAUUUUUAUAUUUUUGAAUGGAAAAUAAUGAACAGUUCCCAUGUCCAUUUUCUUUUAUUUACCAUCAGAUUCGGAAGUGGCGUUAAAUCACGUGAUACAAACUGGUUCAAGCUGGUCUGUUAUCCUGCUGACGUACAUACUGCAGCAUGUGCUUCCCACGUUCGGAUUAUACCGACAGGUGCAUUUAAUUUUAAGUAUCUAUGGAUGCCCUCAAUGUAAACUGGGCAUUUUUGUUAUCUUUGAAAAUACAUAUCACAGACACUUUUGGUGAAGAUUCGCCAUCGUUGCUAGAAAUUGGUAGCUGUGGGCUUCAUACGGUCCAUGGUGCUUUCAAAACUGGAAUUUCUGCUAUACAAUUGGACGUUGUUAGUUUUUUGAGGCACAGUUACUAUUUGUUUAUGCAUGUACCUACCUGCAAGGAGGGCAGAUUACAGAAGAAUAACUGGAUCAGAGCUUUUUUCCAAGAAAUUUUGUGCAAUCAGAUGGAAUACUGCAGUUGCUGAGCAUGCCAUGAAAACAUUACCCCACCUAAAGAAAUUUGUUAGUGAAGUUUCUAUUUCAUCUGUGUCUUUCAGUGUAGUGAAAAGUGCUCUUGAAGAUAAUCUUCUAGAAGUAAAAUUGGCAUUCUUCUACUCUUUGGCAUCAGAGCUGGAAUUGUUUCUCACAAUGUUCCAAAGUGAAGCACCCAUGGCACCUUUUCUCUAUGAUUCACUGGUAGACAUUUUAUUAGCUUUGGCUGGAAAGUUUUUUAAACCAGAGGUACUGAAGAGCUUUAGGAAGAAACGCAAUGUAUCUCGAUUGGAUGUAGAUAACCAGGAAAAUAUAUUGACUGCUAACAGUAUCAAGUUGGGUUAUGCAGUACGCCAUGCCAUCAAGAAAGAGAAAGUACCAGUAAAGUCUGUCCUGUUACUGAAAAAUGAUGUUAGGACUUGUCUAAAGGUUAUGGUAAAAAAACUUCAAGACAAAAGUCCCCUGAAGUACAAACUUACCAAGGGAAUUUCCUGCUUAUGUCCGUCUGUGGCUUUAAAUUCGGGUGUGAGGAAACAGCGUGUGAAUUACAGUUUAGAAUGUUGUCUUCAAAACAAGUUGCUAUAAGGACAAGAAGCUGAUAACAUUGAGUGAUCAUAUCAGUUGGUAUGUUCCUCGCAAGAUUCUGAAGCACUGUUCUCGUCUUUUUCUCAAGAAGACUGGCGCCUUGAUUCACUUGUGGGUGCUUAUUCUUAAGGCACAUACAGUAGCUGCCAAAACAGGCCUUCUAAAGUUUGUGAGGAUGAUGUUGGUACUUUCCCAUGGAAAUGCAUCAUUGGAAAGAGGAUUUUGAGUGAAUUCUAAUCUGCUGACUGAAAACUUGCAGGAAGAAAUACUGAUCGCACAAAGACAGAUAGAUGUACGACUUUGUUCAACGUUCUGGAGGUGUAGAGCAUGUUGAUAUCACCAAGUCCAUGUUACAGUAUGUAAGAAAUGCUAGUUGUAGGCGUAAGGAAGCCCUGCAAACAAAACAAAAAGAAAAGGAAGCUACAGACAAGAAGAAGGCAGAAAAAGAAGAAUUGAAGAGGAGAUCAAGACAUUGCAGUUGAAGAAGGCUCGAGUGUUGGAUUUGGCUCGUUCUUAAGCAAGUGCAAUAGACGCAAAAGUUGAGUCACUGCAAAAUUGAGAGCUUCCUUUUACUUAUGGUUUUUGCAAAAGUAAGUGUGUGAAAUAUUUGUAGCAGCAUGUUUUAUUUGCCAUCAAUUGAGUCACUUUGGCCACGUGUGGAAGAAGGUAUUUUUUUUUUUUUUUUACUAAUUUAAGUGAGUUGAAAUACUUUGAAACCCGUCAAUGUACUGUUAUGCAGUUUUUUCAGUUUCGUGGAAUGUCGUAAUUGUGUUGCAGAAAACCUGGAAAAGUUCAGUUUUAGACCUGGAAAACCUGGAAAAAUCAGGGAAUUUCAUUUACUAGAUCUGGUAGACACCCUGUAUGAAUUAUACUUAAAACUUCGUGGAUCUGCAAUACACUCAAACAAUUGAAAGAUUGUGAGGCUUCAGGAAAUGGGGCAACAAAAAGAGAAGAGGAACCAAAAGGGAAUUCCUGACAUCUUACUUAGCCAAAUUCAUGUGGCGAACACAGUUACAAGAAAAAUACCAAUUUUUUACAGUUUUAAUUUAUAUUAAAGCAUUUUACGAGUUGGUAAUUAAAGUUUAAUAUUUUUGGAUUUGUAAAAUUAACCUGUACAUUAUAGAUUCAUAAUAUUUGUAAAAUCAUUGAAUCAAUAUCAAUGUACACCUAUCCCUCACUUAGCACGACUACCGUAUUUACUAGCAUAUAGGUCGCGGAAAAUUUACCAGAUUUUAUGGGGAAAAAAUGAAGUGUGAGCUAUAUGUGAAGAAAAUUUUUUUAAAAUUUUUGAGGAAUUUUUUUUGCAAUAUUUUGCUUUUCAAAUGUGAAAAAGAAGUUUAUAUAGGUAUAGGCAAAUUUAUUUACAAUGUACACAUACAGCGAAACCCCUUAUUUACGUUACCGUUAUUUACGUUUUCCCGUUAUUUGCACUAUAUUCUACAGGUCCCGUUUAGUUCCCAUUUAGUCCAAUACAAUACUUUCAUGCGAAUUACGUCUCAAAAAUUGAAUCCAUCCCGCUAUUAACGUCACGUAAAAACCAUAAACAACCAGAAAAUACCGUGGGAACUUUAAGAGUAGAUAAGAUUAGCUAGUAGGCCUAAAAACAUUGUGAAAAAUGAAAAACGUAACCUUUAUAGUCGGCAGCAUUUUAAAUCGCAAAAUAUACAUAUUUUAUAACAUGAAAAGUUGCUUUUAUUUCUAAACAUGUAAUAAUUUAAGCCUAGGCAUGUAAAUGUCCGAGUAAUUAUAGCAGGAGACAAUCUAAAAUGCACGAGGGAAAAACGUAAACUCAUGAAUGUAUAAACGUGGCUGAUUAUUAAGUUCUGAUACUGUAUUUAUGUCACAACUUAGCCGAAAUACUGGUACGAGACAAACUUCACAAGAUAAAAUGAGCGGAGUCUUGGUAACUGUCUUAUACCUAUUUUAUAAUUUCAGAAGUAUUGUACAGUUGACGCAUAUUUUUUAAAUCUAUUGGCUGGCUGCUGAUGGAAGGUCACGAGUCUGGGUGGAGCGUUGAGUGAGUUAUACUGCGCAUGCGCAACUCAGAGAACAGAGAGAGCCAGCCGGCGGCUAUGCCACGCUGUAACAACAACUGAGCGAGUACAAUGACCUUUCUCCGCGCACUGCGCGCUAUUGACGGUAAAUCUCCAUCAAUUUGCGGCCCUUUUUUUAAUAUUUUUUACUGUGGUGCAAUGCGUAUGUUUAAUGAAUUACCGGUGCGACCUAUAUGGGGGGAAUCUUAAAUACCAAAUUCAAGACCUCAAAUUAUGGGUGCGACCUAUAUGCGAUGGCGACCUAUAUGCGAGUCAAUACGGUAACUUGUUCCUAAAAAUGCUUGAGUUAUUCGAAAUUGCGUAUUCUGGAGCAUUAGUUUCCAUAAAUUUCAAGGCUAAUUUAUUUAAUCCAAAAUUAUAUAGGAAAAUAUACUUUACGUAAUAUAAAUGUGUUGAAUAACACUUAACUAUUAAUAUGUCAUACCAUUUAUCUUUAUAUGCUUCCCACCGCACUUUGUAUGACAAAUACGACACCGCGUAACGGCAGAUACGUCGUUAUGUACUUUAUCGUCAGUCGGCUGGCUGACUUGCCCGCCCAGGCGUGACCUUCAACUCACGUCGCGUACUUUUCCAAACCAUCCUUUACUGACAGUGCAACUGAUAUUACUGUCCGGAUAAUGACAUUGUAAUAUUUAAAAAAUUAAAGUGCUUAUUCGCGUAUAAUCACCUGGUUCACACUAAUCCUGUCAGGCCAAAGAUUAUUUUUUUCAUUGCAACAUUCAUUUAACAACCUCUUCCAUGUGAAUCAUCUGUUCAUUUCUGCUCCGGUAUCUAAUGUCAAAUGUAUUCCCGCUAGUACAACCAACAGCAUCAGACUUACAUAAACUUUUGGUAAGAGUCCUUAGUUCGUCCGAUUGUGAACACAGUUGACUUGCUUAAAACUAAAGUGUGACCAACAUAAGUGUGGCCUUCAUGACAAUUUGCACACUGUAAUACUUCUAGUUUUGUCUCAAAUACUUGAACACAAUGCAUUAUGAGUGAUCAAGCACGUACAGUUACCGGCAGAGGAAUGGGCAGAUGUUGCUUUUGUUUGAGUGUAUUCCCUGCCACUGGCUAGACUGAGUUCACGGCCCGGUUUGUGGCCAGGCGACAAUGGUAUGGCAUGGCGUCAUACGAGCGGACGUAAAAACAUUUGGUCCUUUACCCUCCAUAGCCGCAAUUUAACUUGCCAUAGCUGAUGUUUGUACAACAGACAAUAGCGUAGUCAGACCUGCGCGCGCAUCUCUUCCCCCCUUGUUUGGCUAACUGUAUCCCACGGCACAUUUGUUGUUUACAGAAGUUGAAACAGACUUAGUUGCGUUGUGCUCGACUUUUUUUUUGCCUACCGAGAUUUCGUGCUAACUGAAAUUUACAGACGUGCUAUUCAAGACUGGGGCAGUAAAAUUCACAUUGCGCUAAAUGAAUCCACACAAUCUGAAGACUUGCUAAGUGAGGGAUAGGUGUAUCAUCGGUUUAGUAGGUAAAAAGUUUGAUUUGGUCAGUGGUAGGUGGGAAGAUAACAGAUAAGUACCUGAUGCUAUCCUUUUUCCACACAAGUGCUGUUUUUUUUGUACAAAGUGGUUCAGUUUCUUAUGGCUAUUCCCAUGAAUCAAAUUUUCAUAUGGAUACUUGUUUGCAUCUCAUCCUUUUUGUGGCUUGUCAUUACUUGUAUUUUUUAGCCUCUCAUCUUCAGUAUUAACUGCUGAUGAUACAGCAUGUACUCUUUAUAUUUUAUUAUUAUCACCCAUUAAAGCCUCCAGAACAUUUGCUGGUUGUGCCAUCAUUUUAACUAAAGAUGCAGUUUGUGUGGCAGGAAUAGGAGAAAAACUGUUCUACAAUGUCAUUGUUACUUUCAGUAUUAAGCGAUAUUUCUUCACUUCCUGAGUCACUAUCAUUUUCUAAAUUUUCAUUGUCACUUGGAAUACGUGCUAACAAUAAACUAAUAUCUCAUCCCUUUCUAUUUUACAUGCUUUAUAUUAGCUUCACCUGUUUACAUUGCUUACCCUUAUCACAAUAAAUUAUCAGCAUUUGGAAAAAAAAAAAAAAA